CUCUUUUGUCUGCGGUUUAGUAUUAGCAUAAAUUCACAAGAGCCGUCCAUAAAAUAUGUUCGCAUUGUGUUUGAUCUUGACUUUAAUGCUGAGCGGCAGUCGCGUUGAAGGGGCGCAGACGGAGCUGGUGCCGAUCAUUAAGUCAGUCGCAGAGCAGAAGAACGAUGGCUCCUAUUUCUUUGCCUAUGAAGGUGCCGAUGGCAGCUACCGGGAAGAGGUGGGAAUUGUGAAGCGAUCGAGCAACAACAUUAACACGCCACCAACUGAUGAUCACAACGACGAUGAUGAUGAUGGCAAUGAUGAGACGGAACUGGAGAUCUCGGGUGUCUAUCGCUACAUUGACAGCAAUGGGCAGCGUGUGGAGGUCAGUUAUGUGGCCGACAAGAAUGGCUUUGUGCCCGUGGGCACAAAUAUAGCCAAGGAGAUUAGCGAGGCGGCUAGGCAGUCUGCGGAGAGUUGA